AUGUUUUUAUCAGAACUGGCAUCAAUCCGUCGACUUCAAAAUGUUAACGAAAACUGCUUACGGCUUCUCGAGCUUUUUCCAAGAAGCCCAUCUUUCCAGACUGACACUCAUACUCACAGAUCUACGAGAGCGUUUCGGUAUUACGCACUGAAUCUAUGCAAUAUCAGGUGA